AUGUAUAUCCUCUUGAUCAACCUAUCCUUGGGAGACCUGUGCUUCACCUCCACCACAGUUCCCAGACUCCUCUAUUCUCUGUUUACUGGAGACCAGUCCAUCAACCACACAGCCUGCCUGACUCAGGUCUUCUUCUUCCUGAUGGCGGGCAAUGUAAGUAGCUAUGUGUUGGCAGUCAUGGCAUGGGACCGAUAUGUUGCUGUUUGCCGACCUCUGCACUAUGCUACUGUGGUGACACGACCACGUUGCAUAAUGCUCAUUGGUGGGGUCUGGGUUGGCACAACUCUCCAUUCCCUGCUCCAUACAGUCCUCAUUGCAAGACUCACCUUCUGCAGUAGUCGUGAUAUCCCACACUUCUAUUGUGAUGUCUACCCUUUAUUGCAGCUUGCCUGUUCUGACACCUCCCUCAACUAUAUAAUAGCCCUAGUUGAGGGUAGUACAGACAUCAUCUUGCCUGCUGCUUGUAUUGUCAUAUCCUAUGUCUUCAUUGGAGCUGCAGUAAAUGGAGUCCGAGCUACUGGGGGUUUGCACAAGGCACUUGCCACAUGUGGAUCCCAUUUAGCUGUGGUCAUGCUUUUUUAUGGAACAUUAAUUAUUGUUUAUAUACAGCCCCUAGGUCAGACUGAGGUUCAAGGAAAAAGCGGAGAUCUUGUAGCCUCAAUUAUGUUCUCAGUGGUGGCUCCUACAUUGAACCCCUACAUAUAUGGUCUUCAGAACCGUAAAAUUAAAGCAUCUCUGGCACUUCCAAACAUUGCCAUGAAAGUUACAUUUUCUGCUAAAGUAUUAGUCAAAAGCGAAAGGAAACCUUCUGAUCUCUCUUUCUUUGGGCGUCUCAACCGUUCUUUUCCGGUCUCAGCACAGAUAAUGGUGGAAGAUGGCCGUCGAAAACUGGGAUUUGACUCUUGGAAAAGGGCGAGACAAGGAAAGAAAGAGGGCGGGGCAAAAAGUCCCCUGAUUGACGGAGAGUUUAGAUGGUGUUAA